AUGGUUGUUUAUGCGGAUGCUGCGCCGGGGUUGGCGGGGACUACGAUCUUGUUGACGAUCUUGGCUUUGUUGACAUAUGGAAUGCGCGCUUAUUGCAGGUUGAGUCGGAAGUCGUGGGGGGUGGAGGAUUGGAUUAUGACUGCGGCGCUGGUACCAUUCUCCGUGCUUGUGGCUGGAUGUCUUGGAGGAGCAUUCAAUGGGAUUGGCGCGCAUACUUCGACACUCGCCAAGCCGGGCAAUGAAAAGUACAGCACCGAGGCACAGAAGUUCUUCCUCAUCUUUGAAGUCGGCUACUGCGCAGCCAUUAUCCCGAUCAAGCUCAGCAUCAGUUGGAUGCUGAUUCGCGUGGCCGAGGGACGAAAGAUCUACGUCUACGUGCAAUACGUCGUCAUCGCAUUCUUCGUGGUGAUGAAUAUUAUCGCAUUGAUCUUCAUUCUGAUCAAUUGUAUCCCCGUGGACGCUGCCUGGGACGCCGAGGCUCUCGCGAACGGAGGCCACUGCCAACCAAGUUACGUGCUCGCCGAUGUGUACUACGCCUGCACAGCUGUCAAUAUCUUAACCGAUUGGGUCACUGCAUUCCUACCAGUCCCGCUGCUAUGGAACGUCCAAAUCAACCGCAACACCAAAAUCUCCAUCAUCGGCCUAAUGGGCCUAGGAGUUUUCGCCUCCCUCUCAGCCUGCAUCCGCCUAAAAUACACUGUCGCCCUUACCAGUCAAACAGACUACCUCUACGAAGUCGCAAACGUAGUAAUCUGGGGCUUCGCAGAAAACGGAAUCGGGAUGAUGGUCGGCAACAUCGCAACGCUGCGCCCUCUCUUCCGCGUGCUACGUGACCGCAAAACCUCCGACUACAAGUACGGUAACUCCAACUCCCGCUUCAACAGCCGUGGCGGCGCUAUGUUUUCGCGCAACUAUGAGCUUGAGAGCGGGAAGCAUCUCAAUCAUACUACUGCUGAGGUCGAUCAUACCCGCCUUGGCUCGAGUGAUGGGGAGAGUCAGAAGGAGAUUUUGGAGAAUGGGCAGAUGCUUGGUCAAGCGGAUAUUGUUGUUAGUCGGCAGGUUGUUGUUGCUUAUGAUUGA